CCCGUUAAAUUCGUCAAAUUUACAAGUAAAUUAGUGCUAAUUAGUUAACUUGCAAAUUUACGCUACAUGGCCUCGGGGAUGGCAGUGUUAAUUUGGGCUCAGGACACUAUUCCACGGCCAUGUCUUAUGGUCAUCUUCGAAUCUUUUGAAUGCUGGCUGUCUUGCAAACGACAGCAGUCAACACACAGAAAUGUCGUUCACAUUCGAAUGGCCACGCUUUUCCGACCAGUUUCACACAGAUGCUAUCCAGAUGCUCAAUAACGCCCUCAACAAGGGUAACAAACCGCCAGUCAUCGCUGACAAGAUUGAAGUCGUAGAACUUGAAAUGGGAACGCAGCCACCAGAACUCGAAAUUCGGGAUAUCGGUGACUUGACAAUGGACCACUUUCGCGGUAUAUUUCGUUUCACUUACGCAGGAGACGCACAUAUCGUACUCAAGACCAAAGUGCAGGCAAAUCCCUUGAAUCACAAGCAACCUGAUAUACAUAUCAUGACAGGCUCUCGUGGCAUGCUGGCUGCCAAAGACCCUCUUGUAGUUCCAAUGCUCCUCCGCCUCUCCCACUUCAAACUCAACUCUUAUGUCGUCCUAGUCGUCUCAAAGCAAAAAGGCAUCACACUCGUAUUCAAGACAGAUCCCCUCCAGAACGUAGAUAUAAAUAGCACAUUCGACUCCAUCGCUGUAAUCCAGAAGUUCAUCCAACGCGAGAUCGAAGGCCAACUUAGGCAGAUGUUCAGGGAGGAUCUACCGGGAAUCAUACAUCGUCUCAGUCAACAGUGGGUAAAAGCCAAAGUAGAGGCGCCAUAUCUCGACAAGCGAGCACCUAUAUCGCGACCCCGAGCUUUCGACGUUGUUUCUGCACCUGACCUUGCAUACAUAUCACCUGGCAUUUCUGGUAUCGGGUUGCACAUGCUCCGCCAACAAUCCCUUGGCUCCCUCUCUUACAGUCGCGCACGCUCCAUAUCAGGUGCUUCCGUAUCAAGUUCAGCUCGUAGAAGUAUCCGAACUUCCCCCACUCCCUUCCACAUGAGUCCGCCAGUAUCAGACACAUCUUCCUCCAAUCCCGAGCAAGAAAUCUUUGACCCAACAUACGGCCUCCGUCCAGAAGGGCUCCCAACAAAGAGCGUCUUCUCAUCCUUCAGCCGCCUCUUCACACGUAACAUGGGUCUUGGAGAUCUUGCUGAAGAGCCCGGAGAAGACGAAAGCUUGGAAGGCGAAGAAGAGCAGGGUUCAUUCGAUGUUGUCGACUGGGAAGAUUCAGUACCGGAGUAUUCACCACCCCCAACUAGCGUUGAGGAGCCUGUCACGGAAUACGAAACGCUGCCUGCAGUGGGUGGUGGCACUAUUACCCGUCCGCGAGUAUACCAUUCCCAAUCUAUGAUUCAGACUCCUUCAAAAACAUCCCAUUUGCAAGAUGCAACCUCUGUUCGCUCAGGCCCUCAGUCCCGUCCGUCGCAUCCCACCCGCUUAUCCUCUCAUCAGCAGCAUUCUAACUUCAACCCGUAUUUUCCUGUUACUCCUGCGCUUUAUGGCGUGCCGCGCCUCCACACACGGUCAGAGCCCGGAUACGAUAUCCCCACACAAUCCCACCUAUCUCGCCCCAUUACUCCCUCUAGCCUCGAAACCCAAUUCUCCUCAAGCAGCGGCGUCAUCGACACCCCACCCUCUUCCAUCGCACCCCCAGACGCAGCCACAAACACAAACACAAACACAAACACAAAUGCAGAGACCUCCCUCAAAUCACCCCUUUCCUCGCGUCGCCUCUCCGUCUUUUCCUCCUCUAAUAUAAACCAUUUCGACACCUGGAGUACCACGCACACGCACGCCAUAGACCCGGAUCCAGACCCCGUCAUCCUCCGCCCCGCUCUCAACAACACCAUCUCCCAACUAAGCACCCUAUCCCAGUCGAACCACACAUUAUCACCUUAUACACGCCCGCUCGCUCAUUUCACGGUACGGAGUGUUCCUCCGAGGACGUUGAGUAAGGAGCAGGUGGGUGAGAGACCUGUUGUUAAGGCGAGGAGGAAGAGGAUAUAUAGGAUUGGGAGUGGGAGGGCGAAGGUGCCUGAUGUUGUAUUGAAACCAACAGCAACGGCUACCAAGUCGUCAUCGGAACUGGAAUUGGAACCGGAAUCGCCGUUCUCACCUGUGCCCCCAUCAGAAUUCGACCAAUCUGAUAUGGAUCGAUAUUUCCGCUCGCUGCCACCAUUAUCACAACAAUCCCUAUCCCCAGCCUCAGAUCUACCGCACCCCUCUUCUCAUGACGUUCGAAGACGACGUCCACGCUAGAUUUAUUUAUUGAUUCUGCGACGUGACUUGAUGAUUUAUUAUGGCAGUGCAUGGGCUUGUAGCAUUGUAGUAUACAGACAUAUCUUAUCUUACACAUUACAUUCCAAGAACAAAGAACUAGGACAAGGACAAUGUACCGCAC